AUGGAAUUCCUCAGGAAGAAGCUUAAUCCCCGUGGUAUUCAUCAGGCCUCAGCUCCCUGCCAGCUGGUUCCGAUUUCUUUCUUUCUGCCAAUUUUUUGGAUUCAUCUCAUCUCUUGUAUUCUCUUGGUGAUCGGGAAAUCUUUGCUCGGCAUCUCUCACUCUCUCUCUCUCUCUGCCUGCGUGGGCAUGUGAUCAGAAUCCUCGUCGUAUUGUUCCGCGGCUAGAUCGUGAUCGGGGAAUUCUUCCCUUCCUCCUCCUUUCCCUCUUGUGUAGCGUCCUGUUCACGUUCUUUCUUCAGUUUCCUGUCGAGCAAUUCCGAUCAAACGAAAAAUGAAAAUUUCUCACGUCUGCGGCUGGAAUUUUCUCGCUUCCCUAAUUUCGAAUUCCUCGCUCGCCGCUGGAAUUCUCUUAUGCUUCCCUAUUUUCUUUCCACAUAUGCAUCCAUGCUUAUUUACGCCACAGAUUCCGCGUUUAUACUAGCUCUUAGAUUUUUCCCUCAGGCAGGUACAACUCGCACAGCUUCAUCAGGCUCCGCCUUCUCUAUCUGACUACGGCUGACCCCUUCCUCACCCGUUUCAUUGCAGAGGCGUUCAGAGAAAGCAAGCGAGAGAUGACGAAGGCAGCGAGAGGUAUCUCCAAUCAAUCCGUAUUACAUUUUUUAAAUCCACGUUCCGUUCGAGAAGACUCCGAUUUCAUCCGUAUCUGAUCGCAAACUGUCUGUCGAUCAUUGACGACGGAGGACCGUACCCGGAGCAACCUCCAAUGGAUGUCGCUGUACGGAUAUUGCGUGUUUUGUCUGUAAUCUAUUCCAUCUCUUAAAUUCGCUGAGUCACGGACACUGGAGGACAUGCGAUUCCAUCCAUCGUCUCUCGCGGUGCGCUGGUUUGAACCCUGAUGCGAAGCUUUUUUGCUUUCUUUUUCGAUCCAUCUAGUGAUAAUUAUGCGUCCACAUGAGAACCAGAAACGUCCGCUUAGGGGCGUCAUGCUCGUCCUAGAGAACGGAAAUGAUGCUUAUCUAGCAAUCCAUUCAGCAGAUCGGCAAGCUCGUUCCCACGCUCACCAUCGCUCUCUUCUUUCGAUUGUGUUUUCAGGUUUGGAGCGGGAGAUCGGAACUCUGCAAUCGGAAGUGCGUUUUUCCCCCCUCUUUACACCUCUUUCGCAUUCAAUGGAGUAACAGCCAGUGUGUCCGGAGUUGGUCCCUCAGAGAGACCAGCUUCUUCUUCUUCUUCUUCUUCUUCUUGGCACACAUCGAAUGAACUAUGUUCUUAUCCGCCAACAUUCUUAUCUCGUGAGGCCUUGGCCAGAUCUCCUGCCAUCGCAGCUACCUUCGAUCGACCCUUGUUGAUAGAUAGUUGAUGUUAGGCAGAUGGGUGGUCGAAAAACUCUGCCGAUUAUCAGAUUAAUCGGCCAAGUGUUCGACAUGAGGAUGUUGAUGAUGAGUUAUAUUUCUCUAAUUUGCAUAUACCAUCACAGUCAUGUGGUGUUCGAAUUGAUUGAUGAGAGUUGAUAACUACUGGAGAAAUUACUCAUGGUUGGUCUAACGACAGAUAUAUAAUUUAUUUAUUUAUUCUGACAGGAGAAAAAGCUCAUUGCCGAGAUAAAGAGGACCGCAAAACCUGGAAAUGAGGUGGCUCAGAGAUCUCCAUCGUCACAAUUAAAAUAUUUAAUCAUUUUCCAUCUAUCCCAUUUUUCCUUGUUUCAUUUUUGGGUAUGGGACUAUUCGUGUGCCUGAAGAAAAGCUCUGUCUUGUGCAGGCUGCAACCAGAAAUCAAUGCCGUCAGCUCGUCACGCUAAGGCAAGGGAUAGCCAAAUUGCAACGUAGUCGAGAUCAAAUCCGAGGCGUUGCGACUCGCACACAGGUAAAAAGUGCAUUUCUUCCUCCACAGUCGCUAGUUGGAAUAGCUCUGUCAUUCCGGUUUGCUUUUACGAUUGCAGGCUAUGCAUGCCAGCACUGCCGUGGCUGUUGCCAUGAAGAGUGCAGCUAAGGCAAUGGGAAUUAUAAAUAAGGUAUGAUUUUCACCACUUGUGACUUUAAUCCUUCUGUAAGUGUAUCUUUUGCGAUUUGAAUGACAUUUUUUCAUGCCACCUAUUCAACGGGAUGCUCCCAUUUUGUCAACUAAACUUCUCGAGUUGAAUAACUUGGGAGUUUUGUUCCAGUAUGAUUUUUUCUUUAACCAUACAGAUCUGCUUGCAGAAAAUGGAGCCAGAAAAGCAAAUCAAGGUGAUGCAAGAAUUUCAGAGGCAGUCAGCUCAACUGGAUAUGAUGGUACGUAAUUCCUACCUUUUCUUAAAUGAAUCGCAUGACACUGAAUAGAUGAUGAUGAUAAGAGUAAUAAUAGUAUUAACUAUGAUCAUAGGUUGGGUAAAGAAAAUUUAAAUGCGCCUUAUUUUGACAAUAUGGUAUUUAAUUUAAAAAACUGAAAUUUUAAUAUAGCCUUCAGACCUGUGAGAAUUAAAUCUCCUGGAAUCCACUCUGAGAAGCUUCUGUCGUUGUUCAACAACGAAUAUGGCAUAAUUUUAUGCGUAUUGAUGGAUGAUUUAUCCAGCGCCGACCAGAGAGCAUAUGAUAUGCCUCAUCACACGCUAAAAAACUUCUUUUGAAAUUCAUACAUAAGUUUAUUGGCAGAACGACUAAUCAUAUAUAAAUGCUAACAAAGAUUAUUCGGCUUGCAUUAAUGUAUCAGAGUGAGAUGAUAUCAGACUCAAUUGAUGAUGCCCUGGAUACUGAUGAGACUGAAGAAGAGGCUGAAGACUUGACCAAUCAGGUAUAUGGCCAGUUCAGAAUCUUAUUCGGUUGGAAUUCAUCAACUUUUAAUCACAUGAUAGUUUAUUCACUCAUCAAUUUCUCAACGUAUCUUGUUUUUGUAUUUUUUUUCUCUGAUCUUUUCGCAGGUGCUUGAUGAAAUUGGAAUUGACAUAUCAUCUCAGGUUAACCUUCCAAACCGUUUUCAUAUAAGCAUUUUUUCUUUUUUUUCUUUUUUUGUUGCUAAGCCGGUAGUUGAAAUUCUUGAUAGUUAUCCUCCGCACCAAAAGGAAGAAUUGCAGCAAAGAAGAUUGAUGACGCUGGAAGGUAUUACCUACCUUUUUAUUUCUUCACUUAUUUUGAUUUCAUUUUAUCUUUUUUUUCUACGUGCUCAUUAUAAUAUGUGAGUUGAUUGCUUUUUAUUCCCUUCUCUCGUCGUACUUUUCUUAAAAGAAUACCGAGGUUCUGUCAAGUAUCCAUGACAAACAUAACUAAAGUCAUCAUUGUUUACAUGGUGGAUUUAACGAAGAAAUAACGAAAUCAGUACCACUGAAGGGCGAAUAAAGGUUAAAUGAGAAAAAGGCAAUGCUGUGUGUUUUUGAUUUAUGAAGAAUGAAAGAAAGAAUGUCCAUACUCCUGUUGAACAAUGCAUUUCCAACUGUCCACUGCUUUUAAUCAUGAGAACUGGGCAUCUAUAUCUUCGAGUUGACAGUGCAGUUUUUUCUGCCAUCUGUGUUGUGAUUUCGUGCUUUCUUUGUCAACUUUGAAAUAGUUAUCCUUCUCUGAGAUAAUAUCAAAUUGAAAUAAACUUAUGAAUAUUUUACACACAAAAACCACCUGUCGCAAGCUCAAAAAUUGUAAGAGAAUUAUCACCACUUGAUAUCUGCCAGUGGAUUAUAGAACAGAUUCAACACUUGAUAACUGAUCGGAAGGACCUCGUGAAAUUUUUGUGUGGUUUGCCCACAAAUAAACUAUGCCAUCAGCUCCCUCCCAGUAUAUUUGUGUGGUUUAUAUUUUUGAAUGGGGGGGUUAUGGCUUCUCGCUGAUGAUUACCCCAUCAACUGUCAGUGAUUUCUGAAUAUGUUUCUGACUAUUCCCGAUGAGCGUUCUUGAUGUUGGCUUUGGAACCUACCUCUCUGCCGGUUAUCAUGAAUGCUUGUCUAACGCCCUGUUCAUCCUCGUCUUUCUUCCCCACCAAUCAAUCUGUCAUGUGGGCUUCAUUGAUCUGGGCCAUUUGAAAACAUUUCAGUUCAGAGGUGGACGAGCUUGGAAAGAGGCUGACGGCGCUCAGAAACCCUUGA